GAUAUUAUCUUUCUUGGUUCCCUACCUCAGUUUACCUCUGCUGACAUAUCAGACAAGAGCUCUUGAUAGCUGCUAAGCUUGUGUUUCCAUAUCCCAGUCAAAGACUUGUGAUGGUGGGGAGACCGUUUUGUUAUCUUAACCCACUGGCUCAGAUAAUCCAGCUAAUCAUUAGCCUGAACAGUUAGAAGCAAGACAAUGGAAGCAAUGCACUGCACUUGAUCUCACAUAACUUAGACGUGCGUUUGUGUAGUAAGGCUUCUCUUUAUAGCUUCAGGAAUGUUAGACCUCAGAGAUAGCAGUGAGAGCCUCAGAAAUGCUCUGACCUUCCUGUUUACUCAAGACUACCUGAAUACCUGUGACAGCACAUAUCACCAACAACUUUUUGUUAAGCUAUCCUGUUGUUUGUACUUGUCUAUUUGAAGGGCCCUUUUAGAAUUACUUGGAAGAUUUACUCCAUAUUAAAGUACAAAUUAAAGUGAAACUCUGAUUUGAGGUUUGGUUGAGACUGAUGAUUGAUUCAUAUUAUCCGGUUGCGGUUAGUGAUGACCUAACAAAUGUGGGUGCUGUUAAGACUUACCCUGCGUAAUCUGCACACCCAACCAUCUGAUCUGGAGUCAGAUACACAACCUUUGCACCAUAAGGUCUCAGUCAUGGCUUUUGUUUUUUGUUCCCCAUCUCUCUGUCUCAUCACUCCUGCUUACCCCUUUCGCUUAAUUUGUUUUCACCUCUAACACUCCCAUUUGUUUGUUAUCACAGAUCAGUCACCAGUAGAUAAUGUUUUUUUUGGGAACGGUUAGCAUUAAGCUCCCUUUAUAUAAUUCUGUUGAACUGACCGGGAGCUGAUAGCCCAUGUUUGGGGGUUCGAGGGAAAAUUUGUUUCACCACAGCCAAGUUCAGUACAGCAGAACAUGGCAGGAUAAGUUGUAAUCUUUUGUUAUACAAAACCCUCCUGCUGCUUAUGGUUUUAGAGAAGCUGCUCAUUAGACUCUUUUAUAUUGUUUUCUGUCUUCUUUUCUUCUGCUUUCAGGCAGAUGACUUCUUUUCUUCUUUUGCUCUUCAAGUUGUUGCAGGUCUGUUGCCUGUCCUUAUACUGUCAGAACACCCUCUUCGUAACAUGCACUUCAUGUGUGUGCAGUUGCAGUAUGCCUUCAUAAAGGAAAAGAUUAACACACUGUUUAGCUGUUGUUGGCAUUGUACGUUGGUGGACUAUGUGUUGGUGGGUUGGUGGAUUUUUCAAAAUGGAAAAACGUAAGCAAGUUGACAUGCAUUAAGUGUAUUUCAAGCAGAAAGGGUCGACAUUAUGUUUCCUAAUGCUGCUGAGAUGGAAAAGCACUUUCAGCUUCCCCAUAUUCUUAAAAGGCUGUUUUGACAGCUUCCACUGUCGACUCUUUACACAUCGUAACACGGAGGCCCCCUUUUUUGUGCUCUUUAAAUACACACACGCAUUACUUUUCCAUUCAGCAAUGUAUAGGUUUCCAAAUCUGGCUCUGUAAAGAGGGUAGCUUUUAUAGAGUCCAGUUAUACAAUCAUUUCUCACUGGCAGUUUCUCUACAGGCACUCAAACUUCAGUAGGUGCAACCAAGGAAAGAUAGAAACAUAGAGCUGUAGCUGUACCUGAUUGUUAGUAGUAUUCAGUUAGAAGACAGACAUAGAAUGGACUCUAUGACUUCAGUUUUGUGCUCUUAGUUUUUGCUUUGUUAAUGUUUCUAAACUUAAUGAAGAGAAAAAGAAAGUCUGUUUGACUAUACAGUAUAGUAUGUAGUGAGAUGAUUUCUGCCCUUAGAUCAGCCUGGCUUUUUGCAAAAACUCCUGUCCAUUCUUGUAUCAGAUCUGUAGAACACUGGUUGGUGUUUCACAUGAUAUGCUUGGCUGGCUCUUAAAGCUGACCACAGAGUCAAACUGAGCGGUCUCCAUUAGCAACCCCAUUAACAGCUAUAGUGAGGACAGCCAUGUUACUAAUUCAUAACAUUUCUAUUGCCAGUGUGUAUUGUAUGUUGUAUUAUUAUUUAGUCAGUGCAGUGAUUUAGUUAAGACCAGUUUAAAGGACAUUUCCUUUUGUUUUGAGAACAGUAGCCUUCUUAAGUACCUCAAGUUGUUUUGCUUGUUUUUUAUCACCCCAUGUAUCCGUGAGAUGUCAGUUCCUGCCUCCAACUGGAUCUAAAUCUGAGCAAGUUGAAGCAAAGGCCAACUAUGUGGUUUGCGGUGUUUCGACAUGUCGGCCACACCAGGCCUUCUUGGGUGUGAUCCUCUGUUUUGUCAACAGCUUAUUUCUGUGGCGAAGAUUGCAGUUACAGAGCACUCAGUUAUUGAAGCACAGGCAUGGGGUGUUUGUCAAAGAAUUAAGAACAAGAACUUCUGAAUGACUGUCUUUCAGGGGGAACACCUGAUGCACUUAAGGUUAGCUUCAUGCCAUGUAUGGUUGAGGAGUUACAGAUGUUCUGCUAAGACCCUUUCCUGUUACAGGUAAUAAUGCAGUGGCUUUAUCUCUCCAAAUAACUGUGACAUCUUUAAUAAAGGUACAUAUUUGAAAAACAAAAUUGUUGAAAACAACCCGAAAUUAAAGAUGACUGAGAGAAGUUCUAAAAGUAAAAAAAAAUAAAAAAAAAUAAAAAAAAUAAAAAAUAAAAUAAGUUUUAUUUUUUUCUCAAAAAUUCCUCUUAAUGGUAGACAUUUUGAAUUUUUAUAGCAAAGAAAGCACAGGUGGAACUAAUAACGAUGGACACGUUCCAUUUAUGUGUAUCAGAAAGUCAUGUCAGUUAGCCAGCUUUUACAACAACAGGCCCAUAGAACCAGUACUUCUAAAUGGAAUGCAGCCCUUAAUAGACUCUAUUAAAUACACCUGUGCGUUUCCUGCUAUGACAUGUCAUGUUCUUUGUGAAAAAGGUUUUUUUGUUGUUUGCUUUUUGCCCAAAAUGGUGCAGAAAAUGAGCUGACACACCAAGUCUUUGCAUAUUAUUACCUUCUAAACUUUCUAUGGCUAGCAAACAAGUGCUUAUAUCACUUCCAGCAGAUAUGGAACAACAUUAGCAUUCAUUUUGAGCUGUGUUCCUGGCCAGUUGACACAUGACCCCAGCUACUGGGUUCAGGUCCACAGGUUGGAACAUGGAGAUGGAGGCAUUUUGGAUGCUGAUGACAUGCUGUGUGAUGUUGUGGAUGACAAAGACAGGCUGGUAGCAGUGUAUGAAGAGCAGGAUCCUCACAAUGGAGGUGACGGUACCAGUGCCAGCUCCACAGGUACUCAGAGUCCUGAACCCUUCGCCAGUGACGUGAGCUCGGCAUCGGCCUUCCAGCCCUACCAGGCCAACAGUGAGAUUGAGGUCACCCCGUCGGCUUUGCGAUCCAACAUGCCUCUCCAUGUCCGUCGCAGUAGUGAUCCCUCCUUGGCAGGCCUUCCUCCGGGUGAAGUCCCGGUGGGUCCAGAGGAGCCAUCUAGAAAGAACCCAACUCGCUGGUCCACAACUGCUGGAUUCCAAAAGCACAACCACAAACCAAACAGUAGCGCUGGCACUGGCAGCCUGGACCGAAAGGGCAGAGGAGGCCAUGCCUAUCGGAGUCUUCCUCGUGAUGCGAGUGGCUGGACCACUCAGUUCCAGAGAGAGAUGACUCGAUCUUCCCUCAGCGCCAAUCAUCCAAUGGUUGACCGAUGGCUUGACCGACAAGAACAGGAGGAAGACGAAGAAGAGCAAAGGAAACAAGAACGGAGGAUUGAACGGAUAGAGCCAGUAGGAAGGGCCGAUUCUUCACUGGAACAUUCACCUGUUUUAAGCCUAGAAAGCAUGCUCAAGCCGGUCGAGGUGUCCAAUGAAGGAGGGCCCUUGGGGAUCCAUGUAGUGCCUUUCAGUUCGCAGGAUGUCAGGACUCAGGGCUUGCUAGUGAAGCGUCUGGAGCGUGGGGGAAAAGCCGAGCAGGAGCAUCUCUUCAAGGAGAACGACUGUAUCGUCAAAAUUAAUCAGAAAGACAUUCGCCACCUGCGCUUCGAACAAGCCCAAAACAUUUUCAGGCAGGCAAUGCGUUGCCCCCUCAUCCUCUUCCACGUGGUCCCCGCUUCCAUGAAGAGGCAGUACGAGCUGCUUUCAGCACGGAGCGAGCUCAGCCCACCUCAGUCCAACAGAGUUCGCUUUAGCCAAGACUUUCAGCAGCCAGGGGACAGGUCCAGUGUGGUGGGGGGGCCGAUGUCCAGAUCUGGACCACAACCAGGCCUCAACCACAACCAUCAGGGACCUCUGGCAGGAAGUACCCCAGAGUCGAGCCGACGGUAUCCAACGUUACCCCACAACUUGGUCUCCAGGACCUCGUCAGCCCCCUCCCCCUCCCUGCAGCGCAGGAUAAGCACAAAUCCAUCCACCAGCACUUACCUAAAGAACAAAGGCCGCAGAUUCAACAUCCAGCUGGAGAAAGGUCAGGAGGGUCUUGGGUUCAGCAUCACAUCCAGAGAUGUCCCCAUUGGUGGCAGUGCCCCCAUUUAUGUCAAAAACAUCCUUCCUCGAGGGGCUGCUAUCCACGAUGGCCGAUUAAAAGCAGGAGACCGGCUGCUGGAGGUUAGCGGAGUGGACCUGAAUGGUAAGAGCCAGGAAGAGGUGGUGGCCCUGCUCCGAGCCACACCCAUGGGUGGGACUGUCAAUCUGUUGGUGAUUCGCCAAGAGGACUCCCUGCUGCCUCGAGAAGUGCCACCAGAGGAAGACGACGUGGUGUUAACCUCUGAUUUUACACAAGAAUUCAUGACCUUUGAGAUUCCCCUGAAUGACUCAGGCUCAGCAGGCCUGGGGGUCAGCGUCAAGGGUAACCGAUCCAAGGAAAACCACACUGACUUGGGCAUCUUUGUGAAAUCCAUUAUCAAUGGAGGUGCUGCUAGCAAGGAUGGGCGUCUACGUGUCAAUGACCAACUCAUCGCAGUCAACGGGGAGUCGCUGCAUGGGAUGACCAACCAGGAGGCCAUGGAGACACUGCGCAAAUCCAUGUCUGUAGAGGGUAACAAGCGAGGGAUGAUUCAGCUCAUUGUGGCCCGGCUGGUGCCCACAAACAAUAAGGAGGCCCCUGGCAAACUUCCGGUUGUAGAGCAUGCUGUGAACUCCCUGCUGGACGGCCAUGAGCGGCGGAUUUCCCACUCCCUGUAUGAAACCAUCGACGGCUCGGACAAAAGCUCCACACCACUGCCUAAUAUGAUUGGACGCAUUGGUAACUACCAGCUCUCCCCAACUGUGAACAUGCCACAGGACGACAUAGUGCUGAUCGAAGACGAUAGGCCGCCCCUGCUUCCUGCCCACCUUUCUGACCAAUCGUCCUCCAGUUCCCAUGAUGACAUGGGCUUUGUGGGAGAGAACCCGGUGCCCUGGAUCCACGAGCUGCCCGGUCAGAAUGAAUGCUCGCUCAGCCCCGACGCCGACCCUGACAAUUCGUUUCAGAGGGAGGGCUUUGGCCGCCAGAGUAUAUCAGAGAAACGCACCAAACUGUACGACAACGCUUCUCAGCUGGAGAUCGUCAAGACGCGCAAGUCCAAGAGUAUGGAUCUAGUAGGAGACGAGAUUAGCUGCAGCACAAGAACCAAUGGAGGUUCUGCAGAGCAAGAGGUUGGACCCUCCCUGGGCCUGAAAAAGUCCAGCUCGCUUGAAAGCCUCCAGACAGCUGUUGCCGAGGCAACUCUGAAUGGUGAGAUCAACGUUAACCGGCCGCGCUCACGGAUCGUCAGGGGUCGUGGCUGCAAUGAGAGCUUCCGAGCUGCGAUUGACAAAUCAUAUGAGAAACCUGGUGUCUCGACGGCAGAGGAAGAGAACAGCAUGGAGACGCUGGACGAGGACACAGAGGGAAGUUCCCGAUCAGGUCGAGAGUCCAUGUCAACCAGCGGCGACCUCACUGUAGGCUCGGGGGUGAACGGAAACCUGUCCAAAGAUGACAGACAGAAAGAUGAGGACAAGGUUGGGGGGAAGGAAAAGAAGAAACCUGAGAGGGAGAAGAACAAAGCCAAGAAAGGCGUGCUGAAGGGCCUGGGUGAGAUGUUCAGGUUUGGAAAGCACAGGAGGGAUGAGCGGCCGGGAGACAGGAUGGAGAGGACGGGCUCCAGUAAAUCUAAAGCCGAGGACAUGCAGGCGUCAGAAGAGGAGACCCUGCGGAUGAGGCAGGAACAAGAGAGAAUUCAGGCCAAGAUGCGGGAGCUCAGGGAGAAGCAGGCUAAGGAGAGAGAAUAUGCUGAGAUCCAAGACAUUAUCAGCCCAACCUUCAGCUCGGAUGAGGAGCACACCUACGCUGGCAUCGGUUCAUUAGACUCGUCCAUGGAUAGCAGCAGCUUGGAUCCUUACAACCACCACUACCAUCUCCCUCAGAGUCCACAGAGCCCUCACUUGCCCUUGAGCCUUCAGGACAAUGGUCCACCCCUGGAAGCUCUGUAUGCCCAGGUCAACAAGCCACGCAAUGGACGCCCUGCUGCUCCAGACAGCAGGGAGAUGGUCCCCAGUAACCAUGACCGGAUACAAAGGCUGAGGCAUGAGUUCCAGCAGGCAAAGCAGGAGGAUGACCUUGAGGACCAUCGACACACCUACAGCUUCAACCAGUCCUGGGUGAGCAAUGGGACGGAUACGCUGAGCGGACGCCAUUCAGUAACAGUCGAAACUCAGGUCCAGAAACAGCAGCAAGAGGACAGAGACGGUUUCCAACAAGCACAGAGACAGUACAGCUCCCUGCCACGGCAACCCCAUAAAAACCCCAGCACAGUGUCCCAGGAGUCAUGGGACAAGGUGUACAUGCCAGCAGAAGGAUUCCAGACAUCCAAGGAGAACCCUCGCUACUCCAGCGGCCAGGGAUCAAGAAAUGGCUACCUGGGAACAUCCAGUUUUAACGCCCGCGUCCUCUUGGAGACUCAGGAGCUGCUGAGGCAGGAACAGAGACGCAGAGAGCAGGAAGCUAACAAGGCCAGGCCACCUCCUGCACAGGAGACCCCCAGCAGUAGCCCCUUUGACCACAGCAGAGACCAAACUCAGGCCCCAGGUUCUGCCCCAGUGCAGGCCCUACCUCAAUCCAAGGGCCCCUACAGACAAGACGUACCCCCGUCACCUUCUCAGAUUGCCAAACUCAACAGACUGCAGGGUUCAGAGAAAGGGAGGCUGUUUUACUCAUGAGAAUGUAACAACGAACUGUAAAAGUUUGGGAGAUCAAGACUGAUUCUAAGGAACAUUAACAGGGAAAAGAGGGCAAUGAGUUUUUUUGUUGUUUUUUUUUUCAUAAAAUGCCGAGAUGCAAAGAUUUUUAUGGGACUGUUGAUAGAAAAUGUUGAUAGUUAAAAAAAAUAGUGACAUGAACAACAUUCUUUACAGUUGUAUCAAAAAGAAAUUGUUUGAGAGCUUUUACUAUCCACCAUCCUGAUCAUCUUAUCUGCCUGUAUAUGUGCCUUGUAGUCCUUUGAUUGUUCACCUUUUAUAGGCAGCAGCCCCACUGUUUUGGCUCAUGACCUGCAGCUUUGACCUACAUAUCAGAUGCAUUCAGCAAAGCAGACAUCACAGUAGAACAUCAUAGAAUUGGUUUGGGCCAUCUGCAAAUCUGACGAAGCACAAGAGGCAUGUUUCUUGUGUUGUGUCAGUGGACUGUGAAAAAAGGGACAGGAGUGCUAUAUGCUUAUGUGAGCAUGUAGUUUGUGUGUGUGGUGUGUGUAUGAGAGUGAGUGUUGGUGGGAGUAGGCAUGUAGAGACAGAGCAUGGAGGUUAAGCAGCUUGGGUUUUGACCAUGGGUGCUCAGCCCUUAAUCAGUUCAGUGAAAUGCCCCUUUUGGUUUCGGCUACAACACUUAUCCAGAGUGUGCGUCCUCCUUCCAGCUCGCUCUUGUAUUCAAUAUGAUAAUCCUGAAUUUUCUCUUCUUCUGCUCGCUGCUUUAUCUCCAUUUUUUCCCUUCACAUUGUCACCCUCACCAAAGACACUUUCAGCAGAAGAAAACAACUUUAGAUCUCCUUCAUUCCACCCUCCCCAUCCAUCCAGGGUCAGGUCUAGGUUAUUAAUUAAUGUAUCUCAUUAAAAAUGAAUGGGCACCUUUGUGUGUAUGUUGUCAUGUAUGGCGAGAUGGAAGGAACGAUGACAUUACGGGCGUGUAUCUGGCCCUGGCCUUCUCAAGAAUGAUUCGGCUGUAACCGAAGCUCGUUGGCCCUAGGUGUCUGAGCUGUUCCUUACUGAAUAUUUCAUCAGGGUGGUUACAUCGGAAACCACAUUGGCUCUGCAGUGGGUGGCCUCAGUGUGGGACUGUCGCCCUGAUACAAUGAAGCUGAUUUUGUUUUCCUUUCAUGAUUAUGUCCAUUGAUAGAAAAUCAGUUGGGAGCUUUUCCAUCUUUCAGUCAAUAAUUAGCGGUGCAUUUUGGUCUCUGUGAGUCUGUAUGUAUGGCCGUGUGUGUGUGCGCAUGCAUGUAUUUUCAUACCUGUAAAAACAAGAACUUGAGCUUUAGUUGUCAGAUUUAGGACAUUUUUUUCAAUGUGAGGGUAUUUUUCCAGAAGGCCAAAGGUAAAGAUCAAUUUUGAGUUGCAGUAUUAAGGGUAAAACUUACAGGUUUAUAAAUUACCCUGAUUUAUUUUUUAUUUUAUCCGAUUUAGAGACCCGUUUGCCAUACAGUACAUUUACAUGCACUCAAGAAACCAGGUUACUCGAGGAACCAGGUUACACUGCUAACUGGAAAACACAGGUAAUGAAAAAAUCUGGGGACUGGGAAUCUGCAUAUACAUGCAGAAGGUCGGUGGUACACAUUUUAACUAGUGUAACAAUGUGCAGCUGUUCAGCAAUAGAAAUCAUUUUAUUUGAUGUCCACAGGUGACUUUGCUUCAGUUUCAAUUUAAAUCUGACUUAGUAGGGAUUUAUUUUGAAAAAUGGGAUACGUUGUUACAUGUUAGACAGUCUUUCCCACUGGAUAGCAUUACUGGCAACACUUUCCCAGUCUGAGGUCUUUGUCAUUCAAAUGCAUACAUGUAAAAUGUCCAUUAGAAACCUAGUUACAUGUAGACAUGUCCAAGAAAUCUGGUUCUCUAUGAGAAAUCUGGCUUCCUGUAAUACCAUCCAUCCAUCCAUUUUCUAUACUGCUUAUCCGUCAGGGUCGUCAGUCAGUCACAGGGCUGAUUCACAAAGACAGACAACCACACACACACACACUCACACCUAGGUGCAAGGUAGAGUAGCCAAUUAACCUAAUGUGCAUGUUUUGGGGAUUGUGGGAGGAAGCCGUAGUUCCCGGAGAAAACCCCAUGCAGAAUGGCUGUCUAAGACAACCUGAUCUGGUGCACUGCAAGGCAGACGGGAUGGCCAUUCAGCCUUUAUUUCCCCAAGAAUGUCUUGCCCGGUGGCAGACAGAAUUGUAUAGUGACAGUGAGGUAUAUAGGGAACCAGUCUGAGACGAAAACAAUCAGCAUUUACCGUACUUUAUCCUUUAUACUUCAAUGUUGGGAUAAACAAAACUUGUCCACUGCUAUUUUAAUAACCUUUUGAAUGAAUUUGUAGCCAAUUAAAUCAAAAUAAAAUUAAUGGUUUCUAUUAGGCAGGCAAUGGUUAGAGUGGGUUAUGAGUAGGAUCUAUAGGUCUUGUGUGGUCAAGGUUCAAAGGUGCUUGCAAUUACUUAAAAAUAUUAUGUUCAAGGGUAUGCAAGUUACAGCACUAGCAUGUUUGUUCAACUGCCAAUGUUCCAGUGUGCUUGUGUGUGUCUGUGUGUGUGUAGGUGGACAUGUGUUUAAGUGUCUGUGAACACUGCCAGUAACUGGAUGCUCCAAUAUGUCUCUGAAUAUGUCUUGGCAGCCAUAUGAACCACUUGGCUGCUAAGUGGAAGAAGAGCAUAGGAGUAGGAGGGAGCGAAGAUGGGAGGCCUGACCUUGCAGAUGAUUCAGUCAAUGGAGUAAUCACAACUAUUCCUCUGAGUGUGCAAUACAAACAAGAGGUUACCAACAAGACUGCGCUCGCUCACAGACUGGGUUUGGUUCGUAUGGGUGAAUAUGCCUGUUUGUGUGUGUGUGUUUUUGGGGAUGGGAGGUGGGGGUGGUUUCCAUCUCUGACACAGCAGCUUUUUUAACUGCCGAACAUGAGAAGGGUUUAAGUGCCUGCAAUAUCUAAUGACUUUUUUUUUCCUUCUUCUCAUAUGCAAAUUUGAUCAUUUCCCAUAAUGCACAUUUAUUAUUUGUGUUGUGUAAUUAAUGUUUGUUCGCCGUCCUUGUGACAAACAGAUUCUUCCCACAAAGCUAUUGUUUUGGGGCAUUUUUUUAUCCUGGGAGAAAUGACAAAUAUAUUGUUGUUGUUUCAAUGUGUUUUUAUGACCAUCCUUCAUUGUGUUUUAUUAUCCACAAUAUGGUACUAUGAUGGUAAAAAAGACUAAUAUGUAAGCACAGUGCAAUUUUCCUUCUCACAACAGUGUAUCAUUAAGAACUGUUUCUGCCGUUCUCUGUACAUACAAUAUCAACUUUUUUCAGUAAAUAAACUGAGGGUACUUUCAAAUCCUUGGAACAAUAA